AAAUACUUAGUAAAUGUCUACAUCAUGUCAGAGGCAGUGCCAGACUCUGCAGUUAGAGCAGCAAGUAAGAAAAAUGUGGUCCUGUCUGUGAAGAGCUUACAGUUGAAUAGGGAAGGUAGAUAAUUAAAUAGAUCACAAGUGCAAUUAGUGUUUAUGACAGAGGAAACAAAAGGUUCAAUGGGGAUUGAUAAAAGAGGAUUCUAACCUGGCUUAGGGAUCAUGGAAGGCCUUCUCAUCUUGGGAAGGCCAAAUCCACAUAUGUCGAAGCAAGAGAAAAACCAAAGACCAUCCAGCAUGGUCAGUGAAACGUCCACGACUGGGACCACAUCCACUGUAGAGGCCAAGCCCGGCCCGAAGAUCAUAAAGUCCAACAAUAAAGUCCACAGCUUUGGGAAGAGGGACCAGGCUAUUCGGAGGAACCCCAAUGUUCCAGUGGUGGUGAGGGGCUGGCUGCAUAAGCAGGACAGUUCUGGGAUGAGGCUGUGGAAAAGGAGGUGGUUUGUGCUUGCGGAUUAUUGCUUGUUUUACUACAAAGACAGCCGAGAGGAAGCGGUCCUUGGGAGUGUCCCUCUGCCCAGCUACGUGGUCUCACCUGUGGCUCCUGAGGACCGCAUAAGUCGCAAGUAUUCCUUUAAGGCCGUGCAUGCGGGGAUGCGAGCGCUCAUCUAUAAUAGCUCCACCAGGGGCUCUCAGGCCGAGCAGUCGGGCAUGAGGACCUACUAUUUCAGUGCCGACACCCAGGAGGACAUGAACGCUUGGGUCAGGGCCAUGAACCAGGCCGCACAGGUGCUGUCUCGGUCAUCACUGAAGAGAGACAUGGAGAAGCUGGAGCGGCAGGCAGUCCCCCAGGCUAACCACACAGAGUCCUGUCACGAAUGUGGCCGCGUGGGUACUGGACAUGCAAGGGAUUGUUCUCAUCGCCGCCAUGAGGACUCCUUUGGAUUUGAGACGCGAGAGCAAGAGGAAGAACGAUAUCGUUCCCAGAGGGACCCAUUGGAGGGCAAGCGGGACAGAAGCAAGUCCAGGUCCCCAUACUCACCAGUUGAAGAAGAUGCCUUGUUCGUGGAUUUACCCAGUGGCCUGAGAGGCCAGCAGGCACAGCCCCAGCGUGCAGAGAAGAAUGGCAUCGCAUAUGGCUUAGGAGAGCAGAACGGGACUGGUGGGUACCAGCGGGCCUUUCCUCCCAGGACCAACCAUGAAAAGCACAGCCAGAGAAAGAGCAGCCUGGCCCAGGUGGAGCACUGGGCAAAGUCCCAGAAGGCGGAUGGCAGGAGCCUGCCGCCGGACCAGACCCUUCCUCGCCAGGGUCCUAGCCAGUCUCUGUCCUUCCCAGAAAACUAUCAGACUCUUCCCAAGAGCACCCGGCACCCCUCAGGGGGCUCCUCGCCCCCUCCCCGCAACUUGCCAAGUGACUACAAGUAUGCGCAAGACCGAGCCAGCCACUUGAAGAUGUCGAGUGAGGAGCGCCGGGCACACCGCGAUGGCACCGUCUGGCAGCUGUACGAGUGGCAGCAGCGCCAGCAGUUCCGACACGGCAGCCCCACAGCGCCAAUCUCUGCGGGCUCCCCGGAGCUCACUGACCAGGGCCGGAGCAGGAGCAUGCUGGAGGUGCCCCGCUCCAUCUCUGUGCCUCCGUCUCCCUCGGACCUCCCUCCCCCGGGGCCUCCCAGGGUCUUCCCGCCCCGGCGGCCACACACACCAGCAGAGAGGGUCACCGUGAAGCCACCAGACCAGAGAAGGAGCGUGGACAUCUCGUUGGGGGACUCUCCCAGGAAGGCGUGGGGCCAUGCCACCAAGAACUCCUCUCACGUGGACCGACGCUCCAUGCCCUCCAUGGGUUACAUGACCCACACUGUCAGUGCCCCCAGUUUACAUGGAAAAUCGGCUGAUGAUACCUACCUCCAGCUGAAAAAAGACCUGGAGUAUCUGGACCUAAAGAUGACAGGCCGGGACCUUCUCAAAGAUCGAAGCCUGAAGCCAGUGAAGAUUGCUGAGAGCGAUAUUGACGUCAAACUGAGCGUCUUCUGUGAACAAGACAGGAUCCUCCAGGACUUGGAAGACAAGAUACGAGCCCUCAAGGAGAACAAAGACCAGCUAGAGUCUGUGCUGGAGGUGUUGCACAGACAGAUGGAUCAGUACCGAGACCAGCCCCAGCACCUUGAGAAGAUUGCCUACCAGCAGAGGUUGCUGCAGGAGGACCUUGUCCACAUCCGGGCAGAGCUCUCCAGAGAGUCCACUGAGAUGGAGAAUGCCUGGAAUGAGUAUCUGAAGUUGGAGAGUGAUGUGGGACAGCUGAAGCAGACCCUACAGGAGCAGCACAGAAGAGCCUUUUUUUUCCAGGAGAAAUCACAGAUACAGAAGGAUCUCUGGAGGAUUGAAGAUGUCAUUGCAGGCCUGAGUGCGAAUAAGGAGAACUUCAGAAUUCUGGUGGAAUCGGUCAAAAAUCCGGAGAGAAAAACGGUGCCUUUGUUUCCUCAUCCGCCUGUGCCUUCGCUCUCGACUUCUGAGAGCAAGCCGGCCCCGCAGCCCAGCCCCCCCACCAGCCCUGUGCGGACCCCUCUGGAGGUUCGGCUCUUCCCCCAGCUGCAGACCUACGUGCCGUACCGACCUCACCCUCCCCAGCUGAGGAAAGUGACAUCCCCUCUUCAGUCACCAACCAAGACGAAGCCCAAAGUUGAAGACGAGGCACCUCCCAGGCCCCCACUCCCUGAGCUCUACAGCCCUGAGGACCAGCCACCGGCCGUGCCACCUCUGCCAAAGGAGGCCACCAUCAUCCGGCACACCUCAGUGAGGGGCCUCAAGCGGCAGUCGGAUGAGAGGAAGCGAGACCGGGAGCAGGGGCAGUGUGUGAACGGGGACUCGAGGGUGGAGCUCCGAUCAUACGUUAGCGAGCCUGAGCUGGCGACCUUCAGUGGGGACACGGCCCCAACUUCCCUGGGACUCGUGGGCCCUGAAAGCAGGUACCAGACGUUGCCAGGCAGAGGGCUCUCAGGGUCCACAUCAAGGCUCCAGCAGUCGUCCACCAUUGCUCCCUACGUCACCCUCCGGAGGGGUCUGAAUACCGAAAGCAGCAAGAUGACCUUCCCUAGACCCAGGAGUGCCUUGGAGCGCCUGUACUCAGGGGACCACCAGCGGGGCAGGAUGACUGCGGAGGAGCAGCUUGAGCGCAUGAAGCGGCACCAGAAGGCCCUGGUCCGCGAGCGAAAGAGGACGCUGAGCCAAGGGGAGAGGCCGAGUCUGCCCGUGUCCCGCUACCUCAGCCAGCCACUCCCUGGAGAUCUCGGCUCAUGGAAACGCGAGCAGGACUUUGACCUGCAGUUGCUGGACCGGGCCAUGCAAGGGGGAAGAAAGGACAAGGAGGAGAAUGGCUGGUUGAAAGUGCAGGCUAUGCCUGUCACUGAGUUGGACCUGGAACCACAAGACUAUGACUUGGACAUCAGCAGAGAGCUGUCCAAACCAGAGAAGGUCCCCAUCCCCGAGCGUUACGUGGAGCUGGAUCCCGAAGAGCCGCCCAGCCUAGAGGAGCUGCAGGCGCGGUACCGCAAAGCUGAGAAGAUCCGCAACAUCCUCGCCCGGUCCAGCAUGUGCAACCUGCAGCCGGCCUCAGGCCAGGACCGGAACAGCGUGGCCGACCUGGACUCGCAGCUGCAGGAGCAGGAGCGCAUCAUCAACAUCUCCUACGCCCUGGCCUCCGAGGCCUCCCAGCGCAGCAAGCAGGUGGCAGCGCAGCAGCUGGCCCUCCUCCCGCCUAAAGCCCCCCUGUCCGCCAGGACCGUGCCACCUUACCCCCCCUUAAGCAACGGACUCCACUACACCUUUGUCUAACACCUUCCAACCCAGGCAGUGACUGACCCGUGACGCAGUGUGCGGAGGAGAAAUCUGGAGCCAGGGUCCAGUGGAACCAGCUUCCUCUGAGAAGAUUGACUUUUCCCCCUCCAAGGAAAUCCCUUGCAGCCGAGCAGGGGUUCUGGCUGAGGGAGGGAGGAGCCCUCCAACUGUGGGUGUCGAUGAGGGCUAGGUCCUCACUCCCACCCCCCGACUUGUGUUAGUUCACUCCUUUUUACAUAUGACAAACGCACUUUUGAUACACACUACAAUACUGACACUGUAUUUUAAAUCAGAAUAUAUUUUAUAAUUUCACCUUAAGGGCUGAGUGGCUGGCAAGGUGAGCAUGCAUGAUUAUGGAGCUGCACAUACAGAUCCAGGGGCCGUCGGGUGGUAGGUGUGGGUGUGGGUGUGGGUGUGGGGGAGGACAGAGUAAGCAGAGGCCAUUCCAACAUCCGAUGAACUCAGGUGAAGGUCGGAUUUGAGAAUGUUCCUCUGGUGGAUUCCAGCAAUAGGUUCAUCAGUGUGCAUCCUGGGGAGUGAGGAGCCCUUGGCCUGGUGACCUGCUUUGGGGUGUCACACUCCACUGGGAUGGCGUGUGGAGCCCAAGUCUGUGCCUUGACCCCUGGGGUUUGGUUUCGGGGCAACAGUGUUGUCAAGAGUUUUGGCUCCCAACCUGCCCAUGAGGUUGUCUCAGCGAAGGGCUCUUCUUAGGAAGGAAAAAAAGUAGUUUGCUUAAUUAAAAAAAUUCACUUUGAAAUAUAGAAAAGGUGAGAGGAAGCACCUUUUAUUAUAUCAUAAGCAAUAAACUCCCAGACUGGGUGGCACCCACCUAAACCUGCUUGACACCACACUGGGCUGUGAUAGGGAUCCUGGGAGCUUUGCUGCCUGCCCCUGGAGAACCUAAGUCAGUUUUCCUAGGACUUGGCCUGGUGGCAGGAGGGCUGGCAGUGUGUCCCCACCAUCCCUCACGGCCAGCAGCCAGCAGGGCCAUGAUGGCAGGACUUCGACUUGACUUCCAGCCCAAAAUGAGGAAGGGGUUGCCAAGCCAGGCCCUUUAUUUAAGUCAUAAGCUCAUGAUAUUCCGCAUACAGAAAAUGUUUAAAGGGGGGGGGGGGACCUCCAUUGGGUGGAGCCACACUUUAAGUGGAAAUUUGUCUUUGACUAUGGUCAGAAAAAAAUCUUGACUAUAUUUAGAAAUUGACGUCUAUUUUUAACUAACUCCAUAUGCUGCCAGUAUCGACUUCAUGACAUUUGCCAAAAUAAGAUUUUAUUUUUGCCUUUAUAAGAUUUUGUUGGAAAAAUGAAAUGAAUAUUUUGCAAGAAAAGUUAAUUUAAAUAAAAGCGUAAUGGUUUGCAAAAAAAAAAAAAAA